GUCCACAAGCGCUGUUAGCAAGUGUUUCUUUUUCAUUCCCUUGGACACGUAUUCUGCCGCAAUGGAAGGGAGUUUACUGGAACCAACUUUGUUUACUGUGAAGGGAAUGUGCAUCCUGGACAAUGAUGGCAAUCGAAUUCUCGCCAAAUACUAUGAUAAGAAUACUUUCCCCACGGUAAAAGAGCAGAAAGCAUACGAGAGGAAUCUGUUUAAUAAAACCCACCGGGCCAACGCGGAAAUCAUCAUGUUGGACGGAUUGACGUGUGUCUACAAGAGCAAUGUUGAUCUCUUUUUCUACGUGAUGGGCAGCACCCAUGAGAACGAACUGAUCCUUAUGUCUGUGCUCAAUUGCUUGUUUGAUUCCGUGAGCAUGAUCCUGAAGAAGAAUGUGGAGAAGAGGACGGUGCUGGAGAAUCUGGACAUCGUAAUGCUGGCAUUUGAUGAAAUAUGCGAUGGAGGAAUAAUCCUCGAUGCCGAUCCAUCGUCGGUGGUGAAGAGAGUGGAUCUCCGCAAUGAUGACAUUCCAAUUGGGGAACAGACCGUUGCUCAGGUGUUCCAAUCAGCUAGAGAACAACUCAAGUGGUCGUUACUUAAAUAAAGCAAAAAAAAAAAGUCUUUUCACUCUCCCAAAAAAACAAAUGAAAUGUUUCUUACAACAAAUAAAUUAUUCUAAACUUG